GAGCAAGUCUCUCCAGCCACGCUGUUGCGGAAACGGCAGAUCGACAGCGACGGCGACGACGACAAACACCAACCAAAGCGGGCGCGGUUGACGCGGAAAAACUUGGCCGUGUUCAACAAGAUGGUGAAGAAGGGGAAAAAGACGUCAGCGUCUGCUCCCCCGGACUCCACGGUCGAGUCGUCAACAACAAAGACCGUCUCAACCACGACGUCUGGUUUCGCUAUCCAAGCUGACGAGAAUGGCAUCCUCCAACCCCGUUACUCCAAGCCGCCCAAGAAUGUCGAGGAUAUCGUCGAACGACUGGCCCGGUCCCGUGAAACCGCUUCGUCGCCUGAGUCAGCGUAAAAACGCUACGUCAACACAGUCGAAUCAGCCCCCAACGAAGCGACCAUGGUCUUCGAGGUGGGCGGAAAGCUACUAAAGGAAUACGAUAAUGACGGUUAUCAAAGGGUCUUCAACCAGGCAUUCACGGACUUUCCAAAGGACGUCGGCUUCAACAACAGCCUCUCCGCUCCGCAACCCGACUUUGUCGAGGGGCUUCAGAUGCGAGAAUACCGCCCGUUCCCGGUCGGCAGACAAGUCAGCGGGGCCGUUCUUUACAAAGAUGACCCCAAUUCUCUAGCACUGCCGUAUGUGGCUGGGGAGUGGAAGGGACGCGGAAAGGAUAUGGAAGAAGCGAGGGUGCAGAGCGCCUAUGACGGAUCCGCCCUUGUCUAUGCGAGGAACCAGACCCUUUCCUAUGUCAGGAAACCUGACCCCGCCGGCCACGCAGAGGUCAUGACUUUCACCACGGACGGCACCAACAUCAACUUCUUUGCACACUAUGCUGCUCUAACAGAGGACGGCGCGCUUGAAUACCACCAGUAUCCCAUCACCUCGACGAACUUGAAGAACUCUCACCAAGAGUUCAAAGAGGGCCGGAGACAACUUAGGAACGCCCAAGACGAUGCAAGGGAGCGGUCGUAUCAGCUCAAGGACCAGCUCAAGGAGAAUUGGAAGGCCAAAAAGUCCCAGCUUGCCCCCCUUCCCCCCAUCGAAGACGAAGAUGGCUACGAGGUCAUCGAGCAGCAGCCCACUUAUCAGCCCACGCCACCUAUAUCAUCCAAGCCCAACCAUGGCAAGGUGUCGUCCUCGCGCUCCUCGCAUUCGACCGUGUCCUCACCGCCGCCUGCUGUGGACUUCGCAAGCGGCAGCGGCCACAAGCGCAAGAUCCCGUCGCCGUAGUCGUCGAGGUCUAGCAAGAAACUGGACUACUGGC